CGUCACGACGAAGUGACAACAGAAAUAUAUAUAAUGAAAAUGGCUUCAAAGAGCAGUUUGCUGUUCAGUUUCUCCUGCCUCAGGAAGUUUUUGGUGGCAUUUAAUUUUCUUUUAAUGAUUUUUGGCUUGCUGAUAUCAACACUUCCAGUUUAUUUUUUUGUGAAUAAAAUUCUUAAAAGUUGGCCAAUCAAUGGUGGCAUAAUUGCAAUGGGAGUUCUGUUGGUCGUUAUUUCGUUGUUUGGUUGCUACGGCUCAAGAAGACAACACCAAAUUAUUCUUUUCUUUUACAUGGUCAUCCUAGGAUUAAUAUGCUUACUGACGUUUGCGUUUUCACUCGCUGCUCUAUCGCUCAGCAAAUCACAAGAAAGGACAGUACUUCUUAGAGGAUGGAAAAGUGCUUCCAACGCAACUAGGGGUGAUAUUCAAACAUAUGGUAACUGCUGUGGUUUUGACAGCGGUGGUAAUACUUCUACGGAGCAUCCCUCUUGUAUAGAGCUACCAUGUUAUAAGACCAACAGCUGUGCUCCUUGCUAUAAAAAACUGGAAAGUGAUUGGUUUACAUCGUUCAGAAAAGCAAUAGGAGGCGUGGCACUUUUUGUCUCCAUAUUAAUGGCUGUUGGUAUAUAUCUAACAUACCGUUAUCGACAUUUUAAAAAUCCGACAUCGGAUCCAAAUGAAUAUCUGUGAAUUUUGGUCAGAAUAAAAGCAGAAGAUGAUAAUAAGGAGAUCUGUGCCCUGUGUAAAAACAAACAGCUUAAGUUGAAGACGAAUGGAUCUUGGCCGACGUUGUUUAUGUUUUGUGCAACCAGCUAUCUGACACAGUGAUACUGUCGAAUAGAAUAACAAACGCGUUAAUACCGGACGUAGUUUCGUUCCAUCGUACUGAACAUGUUUUGAAGUGACAUAUUAAAACCGAGAUCUAAGUAAAAGGAUGUUUUAAUAAUUCUAAGUUAUAUUGUACAAUGUGUUUAUAUAACAAACAAACGUCAAAUGCUUAUUGUAUUUUACACUAUUGUCUUAAACACUGAAAGAAAAAAAUAUUUGUUAA